CACCGCACCGGCUGCGUCGUCGCCGCCGUCCGCAAGCUGUCUGGCUGGACCCUUGACAGUGUCGUUGACGAAUACAAGACUUACGCCCAACCGAAGAUCCGGGAAUGCGACGUCGAGUACAUUACCGGAUUUGAGCCUGGCUCCUUGACCAUCAGCUCACUUCGGUCGUUCCACGGCGAAAGCUCGCGAUUCACCCCGGUUCAAGUCCGGUCAUUCAUGAGGACCGUUUUAUUCACUGCUUGUGUCGCCGCCAUCUGGCUAGUGUCUGGCUCUCGGAUGGUCAUUGCCCGCGACAGCAUUACCAAAUAGCCCUCCAACAAAACCACUGCCUCAAAGGCAACAAAGUAGCGUCGUUGAAUAGCUUCACUUGGCAUGACUUUUGCAUGACCAGAAGUCCGACGUUACUCUUCUUUUAUUUCUUUUUUCACAAAAGUUAAUCCGACAGAAUCAUCUGCAAAGAUGAGAAAGACAAGAGAAUCCUGGGAUAAUACUGCAGAUAUAGAGCGGGGCUUUUAGGAUUUACCAGUGUUGGUGUUGUGUACAAGGACCGGUGUACAGAUUUGUGCUUUUCAACCAUAUUUAUCGGGAUUGGGAGACGGAAUUGGGCUCGCAGAAACUUCAAGAGCUGAGAUGAUCUGCGCAAUGGGCGUUUUAUUUUUAUUUUCCUUCUUUGUGGAAUCUUGUCUUCUUUUUUCUUUCUUUGUCAAUAUCCUCUUUUAUUAUUGGCGCGGUGAAUUGGAACGAGUGUUGGAUUUUAUGGAUACUACACAAAGGUUUUUCGUCCCUUUCUUUUGUAUCAAGAUGUCUGUAUACUAGAUAGCGUUUGGCUGAAAGCAGUGGAUCCCCAAGACUGCCAGCCUUUUAGUUUGCUUGAGAACAGCGGAUUGUUUGCGAAUUUUGGUGGCCUUUUUUUGUUUAUAACAUUGGCCCCUGUAGGUAAGAUCAAUACGAAACAAACAUGUAUUGGCAA